AUAGGGUGACCAUUUUAUAACAUUUUGAUGGGACAACAUGUAUCAGGAACGUUAAUGGAAGAAACAAAAAAGAUAUGUACUGAAGGAAUUUUACUUAUAAAUAGAGCUGGAUGAACUCAUACCAGCUCACUCACCUCUGCUUCUAAGCAUUGUUUGCUUUCUCCCUCUAAAAUCUCCUUUCUUUUUCAUUACUUAUCUCAGCCCUUUUAAGAAGAACAAGGUUCUUGAUAACAUCAUUCAAUCCCUUUUAAUUUGCAUGAUGGAGUUAACCUUUCUGUUGGCUUUGCUAGCAUGUCCAGCAGUGCUGUGUACAACAACUACUCUCGGCGGAGAUGAUAGUCAAUACGUCAAUAUCACGAUACUCCAUAGAGCGACUACCGAAGGCGCAGCUGCAGUAUGCCUAGAUGGAAGUCCACCAGCAUAUCAUUUGGAUAUGGGACAUGGUAGCGGACUUCGCAGUUGGAUUAUCGUCAUGGAUGGAGGCGCUUGGUGUCAAAGUAUCCCAGAUUGCCUUAGUCGUUCAACUACCAACUUAGGUUCUUCCAAGCACAUGAAGAAGGUAUCUUGGUUUGCUGGGGUACUGUAUCAUAAUCCCCAAAAUAAUCCAGAAUUUUACAACUGGAAUAGGGUGAGGGUGAAGUAUUGUGAUGGUUCAUCUUUCACUGGUGAUGUUGAACAAGUUGACCCUGACAACAAGCUGUUUUUUAGAGGGGCAAGAAUAUUUAACGCCAUCAUGGAAGAUUUAGGGAGCAAAGGAAUGCAAUAUGCUGAAAAUGCAAUUUUGAGCGGAAUUUCAGCAGGAGGGUUGGCUACAAUCUUGAACUGCAACAAGUUCAAGUCCCUCUUGCCGAAAGAUGUUAGAGUUAAGUGCGUCGCAGAUGCAGGAUUCUUCAUUAACGGGCAGACUAUUUCUGGUGCUUCAGAUAUUCAGGAAAUGUAUCAGAGAGUUGUUACAUUACAUGAAUCGGCUAAGAAUCUGCCUCUAUCUUGUACGUCUGCAAUGGAACCAAGCCUGAUUGAAAAUAUUUUAGUUCCUAAAUACCUUGAUCGUCAACAUGUCUGGGAUGAUUGCAAGAAACAGAUAAGUAACUGCACAUUUAGCCAGCGGUUAAUUAUUCAAGUUUUUGGAGUGGAGUUCUUGAAGGUUUUCGAGGGACUAACCCCUUCUUUUACGAGGGGUUAUUUUACGACAUCUUGCCAUUCUCAUGGUGCAAUUCUGUCGAAUAAUUACUGGUUCAGUCCUACCUCUCCAAGAUUAAUUCAUAAAGACAAUUGGUGAAGCAGUUGCGGAUUGGUUCUUGGAGAGGGCAGGGUUUCAAUACAUAGACCCAUAUCCUUGUGCUAGAGAUUGCAAACUGUAAGUUGGAGAACUUCUGUAACGAAUAGGCUUGCAGAUAUUGUACCUGCCCGUUUAUUUGGUGACACGGUUGUUGAGGAGUAGCUGACGGUUGGACAUCGGAGUACAGAAAGUUUUUAUGUUUUACUGUUAAGUCCUAUAUUUUCCAAUUUUCCAGUUUAGCGCAAAUUAACUUUUACUAAUGUAUUUCAGUUUGGUCCGGUAGAGUAAGUUAGGGAUUGUGUAAUCCAAUGCUAUGAAGCUGUAUUUAAGAAGAACAACUGUACUGAUUUCUGUUAUUUUGAGUGAAAAAUCUUACCUUCCCCUCUCUCAA